CAAAAAUCAAGACAAAGUCAGCUCAUCGACGUGGAUUUUAUAUUUAAGUAGUGAGUCUUUCUUGGCUGACUUGUUAGUUCGAUAACUGGUUCUAUUGUUUCAUUUCACUGUAUUGCGUCAGAAUGGUCAACCGAGCAGAGGCUGCACAACUUUUGAAGCACCUUGAUAAAGAUAAAAGUGGGAAAAUUAGCUCAGUCGAGCUAAUGGAAUUUUUGAAGAGCGUUAACUGUCCAUUCAAUAAAGAACAAGUUGAUAAGUUUAUUCAUCAGCACGACAAAGACGGAGAUGGACAAUUAAAUACUGAUGAACUCCUUGAUGUUUUAUGUUCAUAAUUUCUUAAAUUUUUAGUAGUGUUUCUUUCAUAAAUAAAUAGUAUUUUAAUUUCA